UUUUUUUGUUUGUUUUUUGGCACUCCUGCAGCCAACUCUGGGAGGGUUUUCUGGACAGAGGUUCUCGUGCUGCUGCCUUAAGACGUGCAGCCCAGGCCGCAGCUGCCAGUGCUCUCUGACCCAGGCCCACCGCAGGCAGCCGCAGCAGCAGCAUGGAGCUCCGGGGGCCCUACUUGCUCCUCUGCCUCUUUUCCCUCCUGACCCAGGUCACUGCUGAGGCACCUACCUCCAACGUCAAGAAGGCUGCAAAUGCCAAGAAAGAUGCCGUGAACCCGAAGAUGCUUGAGGAGCUCAAGACCCAGCUGGACACCCUGGCCCAGGAGGUGGCCCUGCUGAAGGAGCAGCAGGCCCUGCAGACGGUCUGCCUAAAGGGUACCAAGGUGCACAUGAAAUGCUUUCUGGCCUUCGUCCAGGCGAAGACCUUCCAUGAGGCGAGUGAGGACUGCAUCUCGCGCGGGGGCACCCUGGGCACCCCGCAGACGGGCUCCGAGAACGACGCCCUGUACGAGUACCUGCGCCAGAGCGUGGGCAGCGAGGCUGAGGUCUGGCUGGGCUUCAACGACAUGGCAGCCGAGGGCUCCUGGGUGGACAUGACCGGCGGUCACAUCGCCUACAAGAACUGGGAGACGGAGAUCACCGCGCAGCCCGACGGCGGCAAGGUCGAGAACUGCGCCGCCCUGGCCGGUGCGGCCAACGGCAAGUGGUUCGACAAGCGCUGCCGGGACAAGCUGCCCUACGUCUGCCAGUUCGCCAUCGUCUAGAGAGCCGGGAGGGGCGGGGCCGGGCCGGGGAGGGUGGGAUCGUGAGCCCCAGGAGAGGGGCCGUGGGAUCUUCCCGCCCCGCAUUCCCACCGCCGUGCGCUGGGAGCCUCCCUUUGCAAAUAAAGUGGGUGAAGCUUUGCGGAGAGUGGCUGCGGUCUGUGCCGGGUCCGAGGGAUGGGGAGAGUCCAGGAACCUGGCCGGGAGCCCAGGGAGAGGUCGCUUAGAAGGAGGCGAGCAGGGAGGUGGUGAAGAAUGGCGAGCUGGAAGCAAAGAGGAGGGGGAGGAGGAAAAGAGUAGGGCGGACGAGGGAACCCCUGACUGCGGCUGCCUUUUCUUAAUUAAACAACUUUAUAU